GCGGAACCAAUGUUUCAGGCCGUAGUUUACCACGACAGUUAAUGCGGACGGACUCAGUUUCCUGGCAACCUUCAUCUUUGGGGAAGAACUAACUGAGGUGAAGGGAUGAGCCAUUCCCUUGUGAUUGGCCAAGAUGUACCAGAGGCAGCCAAUGGGGUGGACUCGCCAGGCUCCCCGGAAAUUUCAGAUAGACCUGUGCUGCACACUCUGAAAUGUGACGGCAGGAUGACACAAGAUGGUGGACUAGAGGAGAACCAAACUGAAGGAGAGACUCACACAGACACACACCACAUAACCAACAACUCAAGCCCACAUCCAGACUCGUCAUGCACUGACACACUCCAAACACACUCGACGUCAAUGCCAACAGCAGACACACAGAUGCACUCACAAACACUGGACAAAGAUGCAGAUUAUCCACCCAAACCUUCAAGCGAGGACCUCAACGAUUCAGUGUUCCUUCCCACCAGUGACACACGUGUUGCCAACACAACAGAAACCAAAGACGGACACCACACAGACGCACAGCAAGCGGAUGGACAGCCGCAUGACAACAGCACACACAUACACAGUGGGGUACCAGUGGAAGAUGAGGGGAGAGGAGAGGAGCUGAGGGACAGAACGGAAGGCGAAGAUGGGCAGCAGCAAGAGGAAGAAGAAGAAGAAGAAGAAGAGGAGAAGGAGGAGGAGGCAAGCCAGCCUACUGAAGUGACAUUGUCGUCGGCAUCAUGUCAGGAAGUAGAUCCUGUUCCUCAUCCCGGCACCUCCGCCUCUUGUGCAGACACAGCCCCUCGUCCUGCCAGCGUUGCACCCUCCUCGCACGUACCGGUAGGGGGAGACUCGGCUGGGGAGGUCACAGACAAUGUUCCCCGGCACACAACGGAGACAGAGACAGAAACAGAUGAUGGACCGCAGCCUGCACCAGUUGCGGCGGAGACGGUACUGAUUGAUGACGUCCCACAGCCCACGCCAGUCAUGGCCGAGACGGGAGCAGACUAUGUCCCGCGGCCCACGCCAGCCGCGGCGGAAACGGGACCCCCAGUCGAUGGCGCCCAGCCCACACCAGAAGACGUCCCGCGGCACGUGAUGGCAGAGGUGCGCGUUCGGGGCAUGCCAGAGCGGGAGCGAGUGGUGCGGGGAAUGCAGGACAGCAAGAGCCUGGACGAGCUGAGCGGCGCGUGCGGAGGGGGGCCGAGGAAGGGCAGCCGAGCCGGCCAGGCGGAGGGGGGACGCAGGGCCACCAUCUCCAGCGCCCUGGAGCUGGAGGGCACGGUCAGCCACGAGGGAGACCUGACCAACUUCAUCGCCAAGAACCUGGAGGAGAAGAUCAAGAUGAGCUCCCGGCCAAGCCUGGACUGUGACUCGGACUCUGGCUGCUCUGGCCCAGUGGUGCGUCCCCGAGGGUCAUCUCGGCGGCCGGCGGAUAUCCCCCCAAUCGACCCGUCUGUGCUGCUGGACCUGCAGAGACACACGCAAGACGUAGCGCAGAGCGUGGAGCUUAUGAUGCGCAGCCUCAGCGGAACCAUCCAGAACAUGACUGCAUUGAGUGUUGGCUACAUCCAGACAUACAGAGACUCCGUGGACAGCCUUGGAGAGUCGGUGGACAUGAGCAUAAAGGGAAUGUAUACACUGAUGGCUCGUUGCGAGGAGCUUGACCGCUCCAUGAAGCCCAUCCACGUGCUUGCAGCUCAGAUCAGAGACAUCAAGCGCACCCUCGACGCCCUGGAGGCUAUUUGCAAGUAGAUGCAAUGCAACAGCCAUUCAACUCAAUCCUACCCACUCCAUGCGCAAGCCCAGCCCAGUCCAGCCCAACCCAGCUCCUGGUCGCCCAUCCAUUGGUUUCCAUUUGCCAGGCGUGUGUGGCCGAUGUGAUGCUGCUCCAAUAACCCAGAGGCCCCUGCGAUCCAUUAUACUCCCAGAAGCGUGACGUGCUGCAAGUUACUACUGUUGUACGCUUUCACCGAGGUGUCGUGCCAACAUGCCUUGAGCUCACCUCACCCACACCUGCAAAUGUUCGUUACUGAAAUUACUGAAAUGACUUGUGUCCAGACUGUUUGCCAAUGACCAUGUUACCAAAAUCUCAUGCUACUACUCUUCAAAGCUUCACAAAGCUUCUACAAAUCUGCUGUGCACUCUGUCUGCCCCCCUCACUGACUAGCAGCUCCACCACCAGGACACCAGAGGAAUUGCAGGAGCGUGUGCGGUGUCUUAUUUCCCUGUAGCUGCAGUUUGCGCUCUCGUCCAUGACAUUUCAGUUCACUGAGGCAUUCGGAUGGUGUGUCUCAUUCUUUCCAUCAUGCCGUCCAAACAGUAACCUGCCUUUGCCGUUUGCUUCUUCUUGGGGUGGAAGGGUUGCAGUGCUCUGUGUCCAUGUGUACAUGUGGUGACGUCGGGUCGGGUGUCACCGGCUGAUUUGACUGUUGGGUUUUUAAGCGAGGCCAUCGCAGGGACAGGAUUCAGAGGGAUGUGCUAGCCACCUCCUUUUCUGAUACCCUGCAGGGAACGUGACUAGGGAGGUGUAACCACUUUAUUUAUACAAUUAUGCUACCGUACAUUACAUAAGCCUUCAGUUACAGUCUAUUUAUGUGAAGGACCUAAUCCGCACAUUUACACACCUCAAAAUGUGUGUUUUUGGUUUUUUUUGGUCUUUGUCUUGUCCCUCGAUACUAACUUUAUGAAGUGUGUGUGUGUGUGUGUCUGUCUGUCUGUCUGUCUGUAUGACUGACUGACUGACUGACCAGAAGCAUGUUCCCAGCCAUGCUAGAGUGUUUUUUAAAUCACUGCAUGGGUCUUCUCUCCCUAUCCCCUGUGGUCACUGUAUGUAGAGUGGCUUUGGACUGAAGCAGGGCUUUGUGGGAGUUGGAGUUUUUUUAAGGGGACACUUUUGUGAUGGGAGGGCUAUCCUCUUUGCUCUGCUCGUAUUGUCUGUUGCUCGACCCAAUCAGAAGUAACCUUUGUACAUAUUGUCAUAAUGUCAAUGUCACUAAAAGGAUGAUUUAGUCAAUGUUGUGUAUAUUUAAAAAAAGAGGAUAUAACAAUAAAUUUACAAUGACGCAAAAAC